GACUUUUUAAACAUUGCAGAAUAGAAACACAGUUAAUAUGGCAUCGAAAGCUAAGAAAAAGUCGGAUAAAUCGGAAUCGUCGCUGCGUUCAACGAAGUCUGCAAAAGCCAAAGACGAGGAUUCUGCACCUUUAGACGUACUUAUGUUGAAGAUUCUGAGUCUACGGCUGCCGGAAGACGAUCCUUCGUAUUAUGCUAUGCAAGUGACUUUUUUCGAUCAGCUGCUCAUAUCUGCAAUCAUCAAGCCUCUUGGUAUAAAAGACAAGGACGAUAAAGAGAGGAUUCUAGCGAAGGGUACGAUGAACUACGACCCGUCUGAUUACGACAAGAUGUGCCUUUUUGCGGAUAAACCUUUAGUAGUAUACAUUCAACCGUUGAAGAAUGUGGACUCGGAGUGGUUGGACGGACCAGUGAACACGCCAUCGACGGGCGUCAGCUCACAGAAACAAUCUGCCACGCCAUCGAAAGGCGCAAAAGCCAGUCCUCAACAAGAUUCUGCAAAGACUAAGAAACGCAGCAUCUGUGACAUUAGCGUCUGCAACAUAGAUAUUCUACCACUUUUUCUUGACACGGAAAAAUUAUGCAUCAAGAAACGGUUGGAGCCAAUGAUUCCUCUGAAGAUGAUGUACCGGAAGAGCUGGGACAACCUGCCACUGUUGACCAUGAGCAUCAUGGUGGUCAGGAAUGAGGAGAACGCGCGGCAUCAUAGGGUUCUGCGUGAAGCUAACUGGUUGAGAUUGACCGUCAUCGGAACCUGCAACAUGAUCGUGCCAUACGACCAUGAUUGUUACUACACUGCUGCCACCAGGCUGCCCACAUGUAAUGAAACUGUAAGUUCUGACGCUCAUAGCUUCUUGCUAGAAGAAUGUUCAGUAUUUACUUACAACAAAGGAUUCCGCGUGCCUAGGAAUUUCAGGCAUACCAACUUUUAUCCCAGAUGGGAGAGUCUACGCCUCGAAGAAGAAACGUUCACCAAGAGUGACGAUAAAGUAUUCUGCACCAUAGAAGAUGUAAAGAAUCCGGAAAACUUCGAUUUGGUAUACUAUUUUAAAUCCGCGCCAAGUUCAUACCAAACUGUCUGGGGUUCUUUCCAUCGCACUCUCAUGCUCGGAAACAAGGAAGCCUGGUUCAAGAAGCAUAUACUCCGUUGGAAGUGGCCUGUUGAGAUCCACUUCUACGGGGAAAUGGCUGGUGGCUUCAGCUUUAUGGCAUUUUUGGAUCUAUUCGAUCUACUCUACCCUGGAGAGAAUAGAUUGACGUUGGCUGUGCCCCUGGAAUGGUUCAAUGCUAGUCUGAUGAUGGCGAAAUGCAAUUGUGAUGUUCUCAUUAUGCCCAAUGAGAAAGGCCCCUCUGCUAAUACAGCACGUUCUAAACCACAACCUACUAAGAAAAUGUCACCAGACUCGUACGUAACUCUGGCAAGCUCUGAUGAACCGAACACCGGUGCUGAUGAGAACAAGGCAUUCGUGCUCGUCGAGGUGCAGAUGCUCCGCCCGUUUUUUCCAGAAUCAAUCCCGCGAUUUAUACAUAAGUCAGAAAUAAUGACUAUGUUAUAUGAAUUGGAGGCGUCACAGAAGGAGCGGGCGUGCACUGGCCGCGGGCAGCUGGCCCGGAACUGGCAGGCUACUGUCACUGCUGCUGCUCGCCUGGUGCAUCGCGUACCGCAUCACGGUCUGAUGGAAUUCUGUAACUUCAACCGGCAGCUGAGUGAGACACGAACUCGGGUGGAAAUUUUGACCUCUUUCGAGACGGACGCCGCAAUUUUUGUUAAUAAUAACUUCGUUGUGAGAGAUUAUUUAGCAACUGACGAAUUGUUUGAGGAAAUGCUGACUAUGUCGCACGUGUGCCUGAUGAAAAUUGCUUUGGAGACUCUGACGGGCGAGGUGAAUGAUGAGGGUCUCCACACUUUGUUGAAGCCAGCUCGCCACGCGCGACAUCUCUAUGAUAUCAGUCACGCUUUAGAACUAUACAUGCAGGCUGCCAUAAAGAGACCCUUCGAAGGAGACUGUUGGCGUGAGCUGUCCACCUGCCUGAAAGAUUUGGAUAAAGACUGGGCCGCUGUAUGCCUUAAUAAAGCUGUGCUUACUGGCAUUAGACAUCCACUCACAAUCCUAUCGAAAGGCUGCAUGAUAUUUGAUGAAGACGUCGACGCGGCGGAACCGUUCUUUGACGCCCUGUUAGAGUUGUACCCGUUUUGGCCGACUUCAUAUAUAGUAUGCUAUGCAUACUACACUACGCGGGAAUUCUACAAACUUGGCGACGUCAUCAUGGAUUCGCUAAAUUUGAUGAGAAAAGACCACUUGACAUUCGAGCUGCACCUGGCCCAUGGUUGGGAGAAAGAGUUGGGGGACUUCUGGGAGCCAACGGUGUUGCUGCCUGGCAUGAGCCCUUACUACGAGGUCGUGGAUCUCCUGCUCAGGAUACGAGCUAUUUCAUUGGCGGAGGUGUGUCUCGGACUAUCACUGGCUGAGACUGGCGAGUCGGCAGCGUACUUCCACUUGAUAGCGCUGUGUGCUCGGCUUCGCGGAGACAUCGAUAACGCCCUCUGCUUCGUUGCAAAAGGAAUUGAGAAAUUUGGGGAAAUCAACUACUUGUUAUGCUUGCAAGGAGAAUGUUAUCACCAACAAGAGAACCUUCCCGCUGCUGUGGCAUCGUUUGAGAAAGCCAACGGCGGGACCUGCGCUUACAGACUUAACGAUAAUGACAACGAGUGCGCAGACGCAUUUGUUUUUAUAGAUCUAAUGCCAUUGACAUUGGCCCUCAGUAUAUUACUUUCGCUGCCGUGUUGGCAACCGCCGCAUGUCCGCAACGUACUCGUGGACCUGUUGCGUCGCCAGCCCAGCGCGUACGCAUGGAUGGCGAUGGCCAACGACUGGUUGCUGCGCGCUGAGUUAGGGGACACGAGCGAGGAGGCUCUGACAGAGGAGCAGUCUUCAGCGCUGGUGUGCGCGACGGCGAGCGCGGUGCAGGCUCUCAAAUACGACCGUCGCGCCGGUCGCGCCUGGGCGCUACUCUCCAAACUGGUCACGCCCAGCAAACGACGAACGUUCUGUUCCAACAUGGCCACUGAUUGUGGCUUCUUGGGUGCAGACGACAUCGAUAUAAGAAGUUUAAAGAUAAAAUAUCAAGAUUCCGUGUGCUACCGCAUCGGCACGGUAUUGCACGAGUGCAGGUGUAAAAUGUGCGAAGCCCUCAGGUUCUAAGGAAAUAUAAGGAAUAUUUUGUCUUUUAUGUUAUGAAUAUAAAGAAUAGUCUGAUGAAAAUUACGAUGUACUUAGUCAAAGAAACAAGCUUAUCUCGGAAAUGUCUUAGAAGAGACCUUUCAUCCAUUUUGCAACUGGCAGGAAAUCUACAUCUUAUCGUGUUAGGUAGGACUUAUGAAUGAUGUUGCUAAUUCAUAAGCGUUUCUAUUUCUACAGGUACCUAUUAUUAGUUAUAUUAAUGAACUGUCUAUAACCUCAA